GGCCUUGCUCAGGGGGUUAAGGAUCCGGCGUUGCCGUGAGCUAUGGUGUAGGUCGCAGACAUGGCUCAGAUCUGGCCUUGCUGUGGCUGUGGUGUUGGCCUCAGGGAUGGGUAGGCCAGUGGGGGAUGGGACAAAUUAACAAAGAAACUUCAGAAGAAAAGGAGGGCACCAUAGAGAACAUCAAGUUUGGAAUCGAAAGUGUUUCAAGCCAGAGGGACUCAUUCGUGGCCAGUGGGCUGCUGUGUUCAUCUCUAAUAUCUAAAAGGUGAUGUCAGUGGAGACUGAGCUGCAUCCUUUCUUUGAACAGAUGGCAAAGGAAAACGACUUCAGAGCAGAACUCAAAUCCCAGCAUCAUUUCAGGAACUCCCACCGACCUGAGACAACAGAAAGCCCCCCUCCUAGGUCUCUGGACCUGCUAUUACGCAGAUUAAGGGCCAUCGAAGCCAAGCAGAAUGAUAAGUUUGCCAAAAUCGUGGAUGCCAUGGGGGAGUUUGGCACAUUCCAGCGGAGGCUGGUGGCCCUCACCUUCAUUCCCAGCAUCCUGUCCGCCUUCUUCAUGUUUGCUGACCUCUUCGUGUUCACACCCCAGAAGCCCUAUUGCAACACCAGCUGGAUAUUGGCCCUGGACCCCAGCCUUUCAGAGAGUGAGCAGCUGAAUCUGACCCUGCCCCGAGCACCCAACGGCAGUUUCCUGACAUGUCUCAUGUACUUGCCUGUGGACUGGGAUCUGGAGACUAUCAUCGAAUUUGGCCUCAACCAUACAGACUCAUGUCAAGAUGGGUGGUUCUAUCCUGAGGUCAAGUGGCGAUCACUGAUCAAUGAGUUUGACUUGGUGUGCGGCAAGGAACCGAACCCAGAAAUGGUGCAGACCAUGUUUUUGGCAGGCUUCUUGAUAGGAGCUCUCAUCUUCGGUUCAUAAGUGACAAGUAAGCUGGGCCGCUACCCCGCCAUCCUGCUGUCACUGCUGGAGCUGAUCAUCUUUGGCUUUGGGACAGCCUUUGUCAAAAGCUUUCAUCAAUAUCUGUUCUUCCGCUUCCUCGUGUCCCAGGCUGUGGUGGGCUACAGCACCAGCAGCUUGUCUUUAAUCACUGAGUGGCUAGUGGGCAUGCACCGGGCCCAUGCCAUCAUCCUGGAAGGCUGCUUUUUCGCUGUGGGGGUCCUGUACCUGACAGGGCUUGCCUACAACCUUCUUCAUUGGCGGCUGCUGUUUCUGGUGGGUGGGACACCUGCAUUCCUCCUCAUCUCCUAUAUCUGGAUUCUUCCAGAGUCCCCGAGGUGGCUGAUGACGAAAGGGAAGCUAGAGGAAGCCACACAGUUGCUGUGCUAUGCAGCUGGCGUGAACAAGAAAACCAUUCCUUUAAGUCUGCUGAGUAAGGUAAGAGGCCUCAGGCCAGGAGUGGGGAGGGCCUCUUCCCUCCGCAUCCUUCCAGGUGGGACCUCGGCCCAGAGGGCGUGCCCAACCCACUGCCUGAGGAAAAUGGUAACAUCAAAAUUGAACCCUGCCAGGGGAAAGACAGAGGCCAGGCUGGCCCUGUGGGAGGCAGGUGGGCCUUGUGGGUCUUGUGCGGGGAGGAAGCAGCUGGGGUCUCAGCCUGGCCUCUGGCUGGUCCUGCUUAUCCUGUACCUGCAGCUACCCGGAAAGAAGGUGGCUAAAGCCUCUAUCCUAGACUUCUAUAGCAACAAGCAUCUCUGCCAGGUGGCCUUGAUUUUGUGUUCCAUGUGGUUUGCUCUCGGUUGCAGCUAUUACAUGCUGAGCUUCAGGAUGAAGGAGCUGGGUGUGGACAUCCACCUCACACAAGUGAUUCCCGGCAUCAUGGAGGUGCCCGGCCGGCUGUGCUGCAUCUUUCUGCUUGAGCGGUUUAAGAGGAAGUGGAGCCUGAUGCUCACUCUCUUCCAAGGCGCCUUCUUGUGCUUCCUUAGCCUUGUCCUCCCCUCAGAGCUGAAAUCCCUCUUGGUCUUGAUAAUCGUGCUUGGAGAGUUCAGCCUGGCUGCCUCGGUCACCCUAUUGUUCCUCUACACUUCUGAGCUCCUCCCCACUGUCCUCAGGGCGACGGGUUUGGGGCUAAUGUGUCUUCUGGGCGCUGGAGGCAUCUUGUCCCUGAUGCUUGUCAGCCAGAGCACCACCAUCCUACCCAUUUUACUCUGCACCAUCUCAGCCACCAUGGCCUUGUCCCUUUGCUCCAAGCUGCCAGAAACACAAGAUCAGCCCCUCCUUGAUAGCCUGGAGCAUCUUCCUCUACUGACAAGGACCAUGAGCAAUGAUGUUUCCAGUGAGGACAUGGUAUGUGAUGAUGUGACGGAGGAAGUGACCAAGAACACCAUUCUCAAUGCCACGAUGAUGAAUAUAGACCAAGACUCUUCCUCCAACCAGUCUUUCAUACCAGAGAAGAGGAAAUAGAUGGACAGGAGGACUGAGGGCCAGACCCUCAGAUGAUCUUGGGUGCAUGUAGUUGGAUGCGCGGCCAUGGAUUCUAUGCCAUGAAUUCCAGGCCCACCCCAGCUUGAGGGGCAGGAUCAGUCCUCUAGAUCCAAGAAUGGCCCCUUUUCAGGGAGCUAGGGUGUAAUUCAUUCCAAUAAAGGUAGCAUGCUGGACAUGAGAUGGCUAGGUCAAAACUGGCUGUGUCUGGAGGAGAGUGAGACCAAGGCCAGUGGACAAGACAGGACCCUCCAGAGUCCUUAAUGUCCUAGGGGGCAGUGAGUUGUCUGACUGGGGUAUAGGGGUGGGCCAGCAGUGGGCAGGGGUGCCACUCACCUCCUCACUGUCCUCAUUCUUUUGCCCAGGCGUCUGCUAGCAUGGGUGGGCUUCCCACUCAGGUGCAGGCUGAGGACAAUUCCACAGCCCCCCGAUAGGUGCACACCUGUCAAGGCAGGGGUGCAGUGUAAAGGAAUAAUCAGAGCUCCCUUUGUGCCAUGGUGCAGACUUUCUCAGUUUUUCCCUUGCUGCUCCCAAAGAAGUAUGCCCUUGGGAAUUACCUAUCUCAGUCUCAUUCUGAGGGGGUUGCCUUCCCUGAGAUGGUUCCAUCCUAGGUGACCUCUAACCUCUACCACCCUGAGCAUAAGCCCCCAAACCCUGGUUCACAGUCCCAACUGCCCUGAGGGUGAAGCUGCCUUCCCAGCCAGAGUGAGGAUGCCUCCAUGCAGGGUCCACGACCCCUCAUCCAUUGGUCAUACCUGGAAACAUCUGGGUCAGGCCGUGGGCUUCACCUCCAGGGUUGGGGGUCAAAACAGUGCCAGAUCAUUCCCACAGCAGGAACUCCCAUUCCACUCUAUAUGAAACUUUUUUUUUUUUUAAC